AUGGCUGCUGAGGACCUGAGGUGCCUCGUCGUUGGAGUGGAAAUUUGGCUGCCGCAGGUGGAGGUGCUCGGGCCUGACGACAACCUGCAGGCGGUGGGCUACAUAGCAGGGGUUCUGAAGAUCAUUCUAAACCACCUCGGCUAUUGCUACACGUUCGUGCGCUCCCCCGACCGAGCCUACGGACUGAGGCAGCCCAAUGGGACGUGGACCGGCUUGAAUGGACUUGUGCACAGAGGAGAAGCGGACCUGAUCGGCGUUGCGCAGUGGGUAACAGAGGAAAGAUUCGAAGACUUCUCGGUGAGCGAGUACCUCCUCCUGAGCUCCCUCACCGUCGCCCACAAGAGGCCCAGCCUGCAGCCUGACAUGGCGGGGUUCGUCAAGCCCUUCGACCCCUUGGUGUGGCUGCUCCUCCUGGUCUCGCUCGUGGUCGUUCUCGGGGCAGCCGUGUGUGUGCGCUGGCACUUCAACCGUCUUGCACCGCGCGAAGGGGCUGACAAGAAGCAGGACUCCUUCAGGGAACUGCAAUUGGUUGCAAAGGACUCUGUCGCUUGGACGGUCGACGUACUACUUAGUCAGUCCGUUAACCUGCAGCCUCGCGGGGACUCCGUGCGAGUGAUCAGCUGUCUGUGGCUCCUCACGACCCUCAUCCUGGCCACGGUCUACCGGGCCAACCUCAAGGCCAUGCUCAUCCUGCCCAAGCUCAGCCUGCCCUUCGACAGCCUGGAGAGCCUCGCGGACACCGACAUCGCUGUCUGGGCGACCACGGGCAGUCUCUUCAAGGAAGCGUUGGAGAACGCCCCUGAAGGCUUGCCUCUGAGGCGCGUGGAGAAAAACUUGAUAAAGAAUGAGGACAUGAGAUCUGACGUCAAGUUCGGAUUAGCGGGCCUUCUGAAUGGCGAUUUUGCUGCGGUGAUUCCCCGGAUGUCUCUCGAAUCCAUCAUGCAUUAUUCCUUCUCGCAGAAGGGCUACUGCGGCAUCUACGCCAUCCGGAGCGACGUGGUCACCAGCUCCUCCAUGAGCUUCGUGUUCGCCAAAGGCUCUCCUCUCAAGGGACAGUUCGACCCUGUGAUUCGUCGCCUCAGGGAAAGCGGGAUCAUCGAGCACCUGUACAAGAAGCAGCUCAUGAACGCCUCGGACUGCUCGGGGCGCGUGGUGCUGCAAUCCCUGGGAGAGCUGCGGCCCCUGGCGCUGGGGGACUUCCACGGGGUACUCAUGCUCUACGCAGGAGGAGUUGCCUUGGCCACGAUGUCCUUCGGGCUGGAGUCCCUCCUGGGCCGCCUCUCCCGGGACCUCUCCUAG